UAAUAAAAAAAAAAAGUAAAAAGGGUAUGUGUGUGUGUGGUAAUUAUUAUGGGGCAUGGAUGAGAAAGCCAUGGUCACAGAUCUCUGAUGAAGAAGUAAAAAAAAGGUGUUUUUACAACCAACCAACCAACAAAGAAGUCACACCAAAAUCCAAAAAAGACCAUACCUUUACCACUUCCCUUCUUCACUUUAACAUUCUUUGAAACCAGACAAAGACCAAAUAAGCAUUCCUUCACUGUUCACACCCACCACCACUAUUAUCUUCUCUCUCUCUCUCUUACAUCUCUUUCUAUCUGCUUCAACCAACAUGUCAUGGCCAUUGGCCUCUUCCCUCUGUUUCUUUGUCCUUGACUAAAAAUGUCUGAUUUUGCAUUUUAAAAUAAAUAAAACAUAAAGAGGUGAAAAUGUUGGGGGGGAAAAAAAGCAAAAGUAAUUGUCCCUGGUUGUUCUAUCUAGUUCUGUGUUCUAUGCUUUUGUUGUGCUUUUUGGUGCUGUGUACUACUUAAAAGGUCUUGAAUUCAACUUCAAAGUCAAAAAGCAUGAGGAAACAUGGGUGGCAGUUACCUUACCAUCCUCUUCAGGUGGUGGCUGCUGCUGUGUUUCUGGCUCUGGGGUUUGCCUUCUAUGUGUUCUUUGCUCCUUUUGUUGGAGAGAAGAUGUAUCAGUACAUUGUUAUUGGCCUUUACUCACCACUGAUUAUUAGUGUCUUUGGACUGUACAUAUGGUGUGCUGCAGCAGAUCCAGGAGAUCCAGGGGUUUUUAAGUCAAAAAAGUAUCUUAAAAUCCCAGACAGUAAAAAGCUUGCUGAACUAAAGAAUUCUAAAUUAGGUGAAGAAUCAAGUUCAUCAAUGCAUGAAGUAAAUGCUUCAAUAGUUGGAGCUAAAUCUGUGGAUAAAGAGGCAUUGGGAACAAAAGGAACUUCGAAAGAUGCUUCAAAUUCAGUAGAGAAGAGUACAUUGUCGUCUUGUUCAUCCUGUGUCCUCUUGGUUUCUUCUCCGUGUGCAUAUAUCUGCAGCUGCUCUAGUUCAACCGAGAAAUCAUCUGAUAAACAAACAAUUGAAGAUGGCAUGUUCUAUUGCAGCCUGUGUGAAGUCGAGGUUUUCAAGUACAGCAAGCACUGUAGAGUCUGCGACAAGUGUGUAGAUCACUUUGACCAUCAUUGUCGAUGGCUUAACAACUGUAUAGGGAAAAAGAACUAUCGACAAUUUUUCACCCUCAUGGUUGCUGCUAUGCUCUUGUUUAUUCUUCAAUGGCUGACUGGGAUACUUGUGCUUAUCUGCUGUUUUGUCAAAAGGAAGCAAUUUUCUGUGGAUAUCUCCUCCAAGUUGGGAACCAGUUUCUCUAUGGUUCCCUUUGUUAUUGUGGUGUCUAUCUGCACCAUUCUGGCUAUGAUUGCUACCUUACCGGUUGUUCAGCUUUUCUUCUUUCAUAUCCUCCUCAUUAAAAAGGGACUCAGCACAUAUGAUUACAUCAUAGCAAUGAGGGAGCAAGAGCAGGAGCAGCUAGGAAAUGGAGGUCAGCAAAGUCCCCAGAUGUCAACUGUUAGCUCAUUUACUGGAUUGAGUAGUGCAAGCUCCUUUACUACUUUACACCGAGGUGCAUGGUGCACACCCCCACGUCUGCUGCUUGAAGAUCAGUUUGAUGUUGUGCCCCCAGAAACAGGUUCUGUAAGUUCACUGGGAAAGAAGACAACGAGAGAAGAUCCAUUAAAGAAAAAGAAUCCUGGAACUGUCAAAAUUAGUCCUUGGACAUUGGCACGCUUAAAUGCAGAAGAAAUUUCUAAGGCAGCUUCAGAAGCAAGAAAAAAAUCCAAAGUUCUGCAGCCUGUAACAAGACAUGGUGAGGCUAUCAGUUUAGAACUGGAAAACAGUUUUGGUAGCAGUGGCCGAAGAAUGGUUCCCAGGAUUGAGGGCAAUAAGAAACGAGCAAGUAAGCGGGUUCAUCAUCCUGCUGACUUGUCUAUGGAGUCCCUGACAAAAGUUUCGUCUAGUAAUACUGAUAAAGCCUUGAGUGGGAUGUCUAGGUUGGCUCCUCUCCCUAUUGAAGCGUGCAGCACAUUUCAAACAAGUCAAGCAAUGUCAAGCUCAGCUGGGAUUGUUCCUUCAUCUCCUGAAAGUAGUUUAGACUCUCCUGAUAUCCACCCUUUUGGGGUGUCUUCAUCAAGUGCUGAAAAGGCAAGACAGCUUGCAGGUCCUUCAGCUGCUGGUGCUGCAACUCUGAAGGAAAUUCCGCUGUCAAGUUCAACUAGUGAUGGAUAUGAGGCUUCUGGCGGAGAAGACAGUGACCGGGUUGACCCAAGUAGGAUUGUUCAGAGAUCUACAAAUUGGACUAAUCUUCUUUUCAGAGCUGAUCAGGAUGACAAGGCUUUUAAAAUGUCUCUUUCAUCAACCAGUGUUGGUUAUAGAUAGUAGAAAGUUUUGAAAAACUUAACUUGGGUGUCAAUUAGAUAACUAUCUUUCUAACUAUUUCAUGGGAAUUGUUCAUUCUUUGAGUUGUGAGCUAGAGGUACUUGAACAAUUUAAUAUGAUGCUUGCAAAUUUUGGGCGUUGGAGGUAGGCUCGAGCAUGUAUAUCAUGUGGGAACUUAAACAAAAAAUACUGUUUGGACCUACUCAAGGUCAAAGGAUCUUAUAAACUGGAAGGUCAUUGAACACGCCCUUUAUGCAUCCAAGCCGUUUGACAAGUUUGAUGUGUUCAGGUCGUACCUGAAGAUCCAAAUGGCAGACUUCUCUAAAAAUGGAUAAAACUGACAAACUCAGCGGCUUGUGCUUGCUGACAAAAGCAUAAGUGAUGGUGCAUUUUGUGACUCAACAGUUUGGUGGAACAAUGACAUACACCAGAGAAUAUUGGGGGUAGCAGAAGGAAGUGUAGAGGGAUGACUUAUAUGUAUAGGAUCGGUUUCCUUGUCUUUGUACAAAUAAGUAAUUCCUAUAUGUUUCCUUCUACGAACCAUCAAUAUUUUUGGAUGUCCAUCUUUGUUCCACCAAACUGUUGUCGGGUCACAAAACACAAUGUUGUUUGUCUUUAUCCACAACCACAAGCAGGUUGAAUUUGUUCAAUUUUACUCAUUUUGACAUGCAUCUAAACUUGUCAUAGGGGUUAUAUUGGUAAAUGACGUGUUUGAUGGAGUUUAUGAGAUCCUUUGACAUUAAGUGAGAGCCCAAAUAGUAUAGUUUGCUGUUGUUUAAGUUCCCGCAUGAUACUAAGUGGGCGACUAGUGUGGUGAGUUUGUAAGUUUUAUCCAUUUUUGGAAGUGGAUUGUUUGAAUCUUUUGGUACAGACCCGGACGGAACACUUCAACUUGUUAAGUCUUGGAUGGAUUGGUAAAGACCGUGUUAUUUUUAUUUAAUAGAAGUGCCUGAUUUGGAAAGAGAACUAUUCUCUCUACCUCCAAAAUGUUAUUCUUAGACCUUAGGUUGUAUCUUGAUGUAUAGUUUCUAUUAAAACUACUGUUUGAAUGGACUGAGUGGUUUACAAUUUGCUAA